AUGAACAAAGUAACUAAUUCUUAUUUGGAUUUUACAAAGUAAUAUAGAAAUUUAGGUUACAAACCAGUACAAGAAGCUUAUGAUAAAAUAGACAAUCCUGCCACUAAAUUCGAUAAUUUCUUGAAAACAUCAAUUUUUUCUAAAAGACUUGAAAAAUCAUCAUUAAAUUAAACAGAAUUAUAUCCAAAAAUAAGGGGCCCUACUAAACCUGAUUAUAUUUUUAUUGAACAUUAUCCAAGAUUUAAAGAAGAUAUUAAUUGCAACUAAAAGAUAUUUGGAUAAAAGUAAACUCAGUUUCAUAGUGAUAUAUUCGAAAAUAUCAGAAAUGAUUUUAAACAGAAAAACUAUUCCUUUUAAUACACUUCUGAUAAGUUAGAUUAUUCUAAAGAUUUAGGAUUACCAAUAGAACCAAAACAAAGAUUAAAGGAAUUAUAAUCUAUUAAAAAGGAAUAAGAGUUAUUUAAGUCACUGAGGUAGGAUGUAAAUUUUCUAAAUAGAAAAAAAAGAAUUUUAGAUAAUCUUCAUAAGUACGAAACCUCAUCUUAAACUAGACAAAGAAAUUUAAGUUUACUUUAUUAACUAUUUUUAGGUUAUGAUUAAUAUCGUAAUUAGAAUGAAUGCCUUGAGUUUAAUAAUACAAAUGGAUUUAUUGGAGAUCAAAUGAAUUUAUCCUUUCAUCUAUCUAAAGAUUGGAAUAGUAAAAAAAGGUGUGAGACUUAAAGAUUAGAUACUUUUGAAAGAGUCAUAAGUCAAAAGCCAGCCAAUCUUAAUGUUAAUACAGAGAGAAUGAAAUAUUUAAAAUUCAGAGAAAACUGUGGGAGGGAUUACAAAAUUGUAAAUUUAACAAGGGAUGAAUGA